AUGGCAGAAGAAAGUCUAUUUCGGAAUCUUCUUGAAAUCCUGAUGAGUGCCUCGAGUGAAAUUGAGCAGGCCUACAAGGACUCCUGUGAACUGGUAGAUCUAGACACCUGCCUGCUGCUCAUAGCAGAGUGCUUCAGAUGUCUGAGGAAUGCCUGUGUUGAGUGUGCCAAGAAUCAACAUGUCAUGAGGAACUUGGGUCUCAUCUCUACAUCUGUCCAUUUAAUCAAAUUGCUUCAUGGAAUACAAAACAAAGAAGAAUUGUUACUGACUGCUCUUCGUUGUAGCCUCCAGUUUCUUGGAAACAUUGCAGCAGGAAAUGGAGAUUCCCAGAAUAGCAUUUGGAAGUGUGCUUUCCCAGAUCUCUUCUUGACAUGCCUAACGUACAAUGAUGAGAAAAUUGUUGCCUGUUGUUGUAUGGUCCUGUUCACCUGCCUUAAUUCAGAGAAAGUGAGAGAACUGCUGGAUCCUGGGAACUUGACUGUGGCUGUCCAUGUCCUGAAAGCCUACAAAGAGCAGUUGGAGUCUGAGUGGUCGUUCUUGAUUGUUACAGACCAUUUGCUGAAAUGUCCAGAGUUGGUAAAAGCCCUCUAUGCCAAACUGAGCAAUCAAGAAAGAGUUACUUUGUUAGAGCUGAUGAUGACAAAAGUAAGUGAGAAGAACCCAGUUACUAGUGAAGAAAUUAACGUGUUCGUGAGACAUGCUGACUUCCUUACAGGUUGUUUCCAAGAUAAAUGUGAAGCCGUGCUCAAGUUAACUUCUGCAGCAGAUGCACAAGAUGAGGUAUGACUGAUAAAAACCAUUAUAAUGCUAGAGUGUGAAGUG